AGACUUGGAUCAUCAAGAUGCCUGAGCCUGCGAAGACUGCGCCCAAGAAGGGCUCCAAGAAAGCUGUGACCAAGACCGCCGCCGGCAAGGGAGGCAAGAAGAGGAGAAAGACCAGGAAGGAGAGCUACGCCAUCUACGUGUACAAGGUGAUGAAGCAGGUUCAUCCCGACACCGGCAUCUCCUCCAAGGCCAUGGGCAUCAUGAACUCCUUUGUGAGCGACAUCUUUGAGCGCAUCGCUGCUGAGGCGUCUCGUCUGGCUCACUACAACAAGCGCUCCACCAUCACGUCCAGGGAGAUUCAGACCGCCGUGCGUCUGCUGCUGCCUGGUGAACUGGCCAAGCACGCUGUGUCCGAGGGCACCAAGGCUGUGACCAAGUACACCAGCUCCAAGUAAACCGCUCUGCUGCUGCUGCAGUCAUCCAACACAACGGCUCUUUUAAGAGCCACACACUUCAUCUGAAAGAGCAAACUGUUCACACUCCUCAGUGUAGAUAGAUUACUAUUGAUAGAUCUCAAACGUGACAUUGAUGUGAGGUCACAUCUGUACUUACAGAUGUUCACAUGUGAUCAAGUCACUCAGUUGUGAACCUAGUAACAUCUUGGAUAAUGUAGCACGUUAAUAGUUCCAGUUACGUGUUAAUUACUCGUUCGCCUCAGGAGGGAGAGAUGACGCAGUCACAUCCUUCUACACGAGCUGUUUUUUCAGAAUCUUGUGACGGUUUGGUUGUAUGGAUGUAUAACUCAUUUUACCGAUGACUGCAUGUUUUGUUUCCAUUUAUAAAUAUUGCUCUGCUCUGUUUCAAUUGGUUUUAAAACGUUGCACGCGGACUUUCCGACUGCCCCUGAACUACUCACGACACCGUUCGUCGUCUGAAGCGCAGUGAGGAACAAGUGAGCUGUCACCACACAUUAUUAUAAAUACAAUUAUUAAUAACUGAAGAGAAACCAGUUUCAGUGAAGAGGUUUCUUACAUAAUAAGUCACUUAAUAGUUACAAAACAAUCACAUACAAGUGUAAGAAUAUUGACUGAAGAUGUCCAUGUUUUUCUUCCGUUUUUAACAUGAUGGUUCUAGAAUAGUUCUCAGUAGAACACAGAAGCCUCUUCUGGUAGAAAGCAUAAAACCGGUAGUUAUCUGAUGAAAUAAAUUAUGAAGGUUUCAGUUCAAAGAUUCCACAACACGCACAUUUAAAAUAAAAAUAAAUACAGGUGAACAGUUUAGUUUCCAUUACAACGUGUACAGUAUAUACACUGCACUAAAACGAGUAAUGUAGUGUAGUUGAGGUUUUAUGAAAACAUGAAUAUUGUGUGGAUGACGGAGCAGAGCCACGUUAUUACAAAGACACGUUCUACAACGUUUCACGUGAAAAGGCUGAACGUCACUUCAUGUGGGAUCAAUAAUCAACACGUUUCUCAUGUCUUAACCAUAAUCCUAUGAUUAUUCACAAUACAUUCUGUAUGAUCCCAAUCUAACUGUCAUAGUAGGGAAGUCUCACCGGGGACAGGGGUAUGCAACACAUCUGUAUCAUGUUAUUAUAAAUAAAGAAAUGUAUACAAUA